CGCAAGAGUACACGUCAUCACAGGCCCAAGGAAUGACCCGCGAUGGGUCGGCGUCAUGAUCUAGCUCCACUACGCGGAGCCCAAGGUGUGCCGCUGCUUCCUGCUGGGCCUGUGCCCGCACGACGCGCUUGCCGGCACCAAAAUGGCAAUGGACGCCUGCUCCAAGAUCCACAACUACGCGCUCAAGGCCAACUUCGAGAACGGCUCCAGGAUGUACCGGCCAGGACAGCACCACUUCUACGAGCUCGCGGUACUCGCCUACCUACAAAAGGUGAUCCGCUCGUGCGAGAUCCUGGACCGGGCCAAGAAGGGCCGCCUGACGCGGUGCCAGUCGACCGCGCGCAGCGAUCGCCAUGGCGACAAGGAGGCCACGCUCAAGUCCUACGGCGACAUGAUGGACAAGAAGCUCAUCGAGGCCGAAGAUCUCGGCAACAAGGGCAAAGUGCAAGAGGCGCUCGCUGUCAUCAAGGAGGUCGAGUGGCUCAAGCGGCGCCGAAACCGAUUCGAGAGGAUGCUGGACCGCAAGUCCAACGAACCGGUCAAGGAGCACAAGCAGAACAUCUGCGAGGAGUGCCAGCUCUGCAUCGGCCUCGACAACGAGCAACGCAUCGCCAACCACUCGAGCGACCGGCUGCACAACGCCAUACUCGACGUGCGCCGAAAGAUAGCCGAGCUCACUGCCUGCCUCGAGAAGCCGCAGGUGCCGGGCAACUGGUCGCGCCUCGAAGCCACGCAGCAGCAGUCGACAUCGCGCCUCGACCAGGGCGCAUAGCUAUUCAUCCAGGUCGUCCAGGUCUAGCAGCAGCAGCAGCAGCCGUAGCCGAAGUCGCAGCCGCAGGAGGUCCUACAGCUCCGACAACUGCAGUAGCAGCAGCGAAUGCUCGUCGACUUCCCGAUCUAGGUCACGUUCAAGGUCGCGCUCGACGUCCCGGCACCGCUCUCGAGGGUCCCUGCUCGGAGUCGCACCGGAAGUCGCGUUCCAGGUCACCGCCACGGAGGUCGUCGAGGUCCCGGUCCAGAAGCCGCUACAGCCGCAGCUGCUCGCGGUAUUGUAGCAGAUCCUACAGCCGGUCGUGCAGGCGGCGUGUAGCUGCUCGUGCCGCAGUGAAUAAACUGACAGAUCACAAGGUCACGCGAAGCACCAUAGUGUGUCCAGGUGCCGGAGUCGCUCACAUUCAAGGCACAGCCGUGGCCACAGCCAACGGAGUGGA